UGAAGGCUUUUAUAAAGUGCACAAUGAGAACACCUGAUCUGAGCUCCACCCCUGGAAUGAAUCAGGAAGCAAACCUGUUCUUCCAGUUAGAGACCAGACACUCGGCAGGUGGGAGACGAUAGUCUCAACUUUCAGACCAAAUUCUUGGACUUUCCUUUGAAGACGGACUCACUGGUGGGAAUGCUGCUGGUGGUAAAGUACUGGAGCUGCUGUUGAUGGUAGAAGAUCUUAAGAAGACGAAGCUAAAUUGAAAGUAUCUGAGUUUAGAGAGGACGUAAACAUGGCUACUGAACUAGAUAAAGAUCUGUUCUGUACUCUGUGUGAAAACAUUUUUAAAGAUCCGGUAACUCUGUCGUGCAGCCACAGCUUCUGUAAUGAAUGUCUGAAGAAACACUGGACAGAAAAAGAAACGCAUGAGUGUCCACUCUGUAAGAGACGGUCCUCAAAGGAACGACUUCCUCCUACAUUUGAGCUGAAGAGCCAGAAUGAGGUCUUUUUUAAGGAGGGAUCCUCAGAGUCUGAUCCAGUCUGCAGUGUGCACUCUGAGAAACUCAACUUCUUCUGUCUGGACGACCAGCAGCUGGUGUGCAGCGUCUGCAAAGAUUCAGAAACCCACAGCAACCACAGAUUCAAAGCUACUGAAGAAGCAGAUGAGGAACGCAAGAAACAACUUGAGGAUUCCUUAAAGCUUCUAAAAACUAAACGGAGGCUCAUUCAUCAAGUGAAGGGAGACUGUGAUCAAACAGCAGAGCACAUUAAAGUUCAGGCAGAAAGCACCGUGUGGAAGAUCAGGGAGGAGUUCAGGAAGCUUCAUCAGUUUCUAGAUGAGGAAGAGGAGGCCAGGAUGGCUGCACUGAAGGAGGAGGAGGAGCAGAAGAGUCUGAUGAUGAAGGAGAAGAUUAAGUCUCUGAGCAAAGAGGUUGAAGCUCUUUCCAUCACAAUCAAAGCCACAGAGAAGGAGCUGAGAGCUGGAGACGUCUCGUUUCUGCAGAACUUCAAGGCUGCAGAGGAAAGAGUCCAGCACCAACCUCUGCCUGAAGAUCCAGAGCUGCCCUCAGGUUCACUGAUAGACGUGGCCAAACAUCUGGGCAACCUGAGCUUCAACAUCUGGACCAAGAUGAAGGAGAUGGUUUCUUACAGUCCUGUGAUUCUGGAUCCAAACUCUGCUCAUCCACAAGUCGUCCUGUCUGAUGAUCUGACCAGUCUGAGAAAGGUAGAGAUGAAGCAGGAUCUUCCUGACAACCCAGAGAGAAUCGAUCUCUUCUUCUCAGCCGUUGGUUCUGAGGGUUUUGAUUCAGGCUGCCACAGCUGGGAGGUGGAGGUUGGAGACAACCAGGCCUACGUCCUGGGUGUGUUACCAGAGAAACAUCCAAGGAAAGGAACCUUACGGUCUGGUCUGUGGAGGCUGAUGUUUUGCAGUGGUGAAUACAAAACCCUUUCACCAUUAGGCCCCGAAUCUGAUGUGACGGUGGCAACAAACCCAAAGAAGAUCAGAGUGAAGCUGGACCAGGACGGAGGACGACUGACGUUCUCUGAUUCUGACACAGACGAACACAUCCACACUUUCACACACACCUUCACCGACAAACUGUUUCCAUACAUCAGCACCUGGAGUGACGUCCCGAUAAAGAUCGUCCCACUGCAGGUCUCUGUAACAGUGGAGCCACAUGAUUAGAUGAUGAACUGAUGGACAAAGAGAUGCUCAGUGGAGACUCUGAACAUUUUAUGUUUUAAGAUCAAAGUCUGUGAAGGUUCUUAGUCAUCCAGGUCAUGGUAAUCCAAAUUUUUCAACACUUUAUAUGGUGUGUACCUUGUAUUCUACCUAUUUUUAAGACUAUUAGUAUAAAGCAUAAAUUUAAAUUUAAUAAUAAUGACAGAUAUAUUUAUUUUUAGUAUUAAAAGUAUUAAUUAAUAUUACUAAUAAGCUAUUUUAUUUUAUUUUACUACACUUUAUUUUACAACGUAUUUCAAGUUGAGGUUAUUUUAUCCCCGUUUAAAUCAGAAAUAUGAAUAUUUUAUCAUGUAUUUUUACUGUGUCUCCUACGCUGACUUAUGGUUAAUUGGGCAUACAUAUUACAUAUUUAAAUUAAGGUAACUUUGUACGGACCCCUUUGUAAAUAAUAAUAUAUAAUAUGUACAUUCUUUUCAUAACCUAGUGCAAAAUAAUAAAUACUACUAUAUGUACUUAAUGAAGGAAUAAAAGAAGUUAGAACUUUUUAUUUAUUUUAUUUUAUAUAAUUUAAUUUUAUAUUAACUCAACCAGCCUUUGCCUUCGUUUUAGCUUUACUUAUUCAUUUUUUUUGUUUGUUUUUUUUAAUGUGCAAAACACACUUUACACAAACAAAGAACCCAAAACAUGUAAUAUAUACUGUAGGUACAUUUUCAUACCAACUUCAGGUUAUCAUGGAGGUUGCCUACAUUUGUAUGUAAUAAUAUGAUAUAAAGAGGAAGUAACGGAUCAGA